AUGACAGGUCUUGUGGAGGACGCUUGGAUCAAUGGCCAGGCAACGAGUCACGAUGUCUCCGAGCUCGAGGACUGCGCGAUAGCCAUUGACGCGACAUACUACCUCCAACUCUUCCUCGACACCCCUCCUUUCCACGAACCUCUCCUGCCCGCUCUGGGUGGCAUGACUGGCAUUGAGCACCAUCUCCGAGCUGAUAUCGACCAAUGGAAGGCACACAAGAUCAUACCGUUCUUCAUCUUUGAUGGACAGUCGGUGACCGGCCAAGAGGAGGUCGCCGUUCAGCGAGGCCGAACUGCCAACCAGAAGACGGACGAAGCUUGGAAGCUAUACUUCAACAGCCACGCACAGGAAGCUGUCGACGCGUUUGGUGCCAACAGCGGCGCUUUUCGCAUCCAGAACCUCUACCCCUUGCUCAAGUCUAUUCUGAAAGACAACGACCUGCACUUCCUUGUCCCCCCCUAUAAUGCCUCCGCUCAGCUCGCCCACUUCGACAUGAUCGAUUCAGACCAAUGCGCCGCUGUCAUGGGCUCGCAGGAGCUGAUCCUGUAUCCGAUCAAGGACACUCUGAUUCGAACGAUAGAUUGGGAGGCAAAGACCGUCACAUCGUUAUCCAAAAAGAAUCUUGUGCGGUCACUGAACAUCAGCGAAGGCAUGUUGAGCGACGCUCUGCUCAUGACCGGAACCUCCUUCCUACCACCCUUCCCACCACUCCUGGACACUUCACUCAACCCACGCCAGCCUUUCACGAUCAACGAUGCUGUCAACCUCUUAAGAGCGUCGGAAAAAUCUGUUCAAUCAGCCUGCAGCUCCUACGGCGACAUUCUGAAGUCAAAGGACCCCAAGUGGCUGGACAAGUACAGACAAGCCAAGAUGGCCGUCAACCACUUCAUCUAUAUAUCCGAAGAAGGCGAGAUCAAAGUCAACGACUUUGACCACAUCACAAGUGAUAAUCACGAAUACCUUGGUCUUCAGCUUCCCGGAGAAUUGUUCCACUACCUCAAUACUGGUCUAAUUGGCUCUCGCGUCCUCGACUAUAUAACACAUAGUCGAAUCGUCGUCACGCCUACGCUGGAUGGAGUUGCCUCAGAACAGUAUAGAAAACUGGUUACUAGCCAACUUGUUCCUCUCAAGGAGCAGAGCAUCGCGCUUCUGAUACCGAGACUUCACCGUGGUCUCCAGCACAACGCCAUCACCAUGAAGGUUUGGUUCGACGACAACUUCUCGUAUAAAAUCAACAAGUCUCUUCAGCCAUCACCAUCUCAGCGUGCCGCCACAUGGGACGUGAAGGAAAGCUCCUUCAAGACUGUCGCCGAAGGCGUCGAUGAACCCCCUGGAUCCAUCGCUUUCGAGAUCUUGGCACUCCUGUUCGAUGAUUUCGUCAAAGGCACCUUCCCCAAAGAGAAGAAGCGUAUUGGAGGCAUUGAUUCUGUUCAGAAUAUCACGGCGGUCGCCAUCUGGAGAUUCCUCCAUCUCCGCGGCUACGUCGAUGAUUCGCACACAUUGACGAACUGGGGUAACGCUGUUGCCAGCGCAAUCUGGGCGAUGAAGGAUUCGCUCAAGGACUUGCAGGUACCUGAAGGUCUCAACAUAUUUGAGGCGAUCCUGAAUGCGUUCGAGCUCAUCAGGCACGAUGUGCUCAAUUCAGGCCAUCGACACGAAGAGCUUAAUGGAGCGCCAAUGAACGGUACUGACGAAGAGAAGGCGAGCAUCCUUCUCAUCAGCAGAUGUGCCUCCCUAUUGAAACUUCGACACGAGUCUAAUGGAUACACCGGGCCGCUCAACAAGAAUCUUCUCCUCUUCCGGUCACUUUCGACUGCUGUGCGUGAGGCGGAUCGCGACCUCGUUGAGGCAAUUGUGGCGUCCAUGUUCCUGUACGCACAGUCAAAGAGAGAUCGCAACGACUACCUGCAAAUCAGCCAGACUUUGCCCUUCCUCCACAACCCUGACAUCGCUCUGGGAAUUGCGGUCAAGACACUCAUGGACGAGCUUCCCGUUGGUGAUAUCGAGCUGCGACAAGCCAAAAUCGAGGAGUUCCCCACUAACUUCUUCCCCUACGCUACCAACUUCAAGGAGGAUAUUCAACUUGCAUUUGCCUUUUUCGACGCCAUCCACAAGGGCGUACAGACGCUCGACAAGGAGGUUCCGGCGGCUGACAAGGCGGCAUGGUCAACAGCGAGCAAGUACCUGGACCAGAGGCGGUUUUAG